AUGUCAUUAAAAAACUUGUCAACUAAUAAUACACAUGAAGAUUAUUUAUCAAGUAAUGACAAAGUAAUACAUUAUUUACAAAAUUCUACAGGCAGUUCAACAAAGACUAAUUCAUUAUCCAUGCUUAGAAGAUCACCAUCAAGUAAUUUAUAUCUUUUACAAAAUCGUUUACGUUAUUGUUCAGAAAAUGAUUCAAUAUCAUCAUCAUCAUCGUCAGUUAUGGACUCAUUAUCACGAUCAGAUUUUAGUUUGGAAUCAAGUUUAUCUGAUCCAAUAGCACAUUGUAGUAUAUUUAAUUCAAAUAUAUCAUCAGAAGAAGAAAUUGAUUUUAAUAUUGGAUUUGAUCAAAUAAGUGAUGAUGAUGAUGACGAUGAUGAUUAUGAUGAUAACGAUGAUUAUAAUAAAAAAAUUUUCAACAAAAAACAAUUGGAUACAGUUGCAUUAUUCAAUAAAUCGUCUGAAGAUAUAAAUAUUAAGAAAUUAGAAGAUUUUAUUUAUCGAUCUUCUAAUUCAACAAUAUUUAAUGGUGAUUGUGAAAUUAAUAAUAAUGAUAUAAUCACAUUGAGUCCUAUAAAACAACAACAACAACAAAAUAAUCUUUUACAUGACUCAACUUUUACAUUAUGUUCACAAGAUCCUUUCUCAGCUUAUACAGAAGAUCAUGAUAAUAAUCAAGAAAAUGAAGCAAUAUCUGGAUUUAGUAUACGUUCAAAUUCAUUGAGUGCUCUUCAAACUGAUAAAAAAUCAACUUUGGUAGAAAAAGCACCGAAAAAAGCUGUUCGUUUUGCUGAUACGCUGGGUCUGGAUCUUGAAUCUAUUCGUUAUAUGAGCCCACCAGACCAAUUAUCUACACCAGUUAUGCAAGAAUGUUUACGUCUUCAAUUAGGACAAUUACGUCUUGGAAAAAAUAUGUAUAAAUAUCCAACAUCAUCAUCCUCAUCAUCAUUAGUUUUACCAACAAAAACAUUUUAUCUUGUUUCAAAACAAUUUACAUCUCCAACAAAUAUAAUUCCGUUAAUUUAUGAAAAAAAAGUUAUGCUUGAAUGUUUAUAUACAAAAGAAUCAAUAGCAUAUGGUACUGUACGUGUUCAUAAUUGUACUUAUGAUAAACUUGUAUUUAUACGUGUAACACAAAAUGAAUGGGAAACAUAUAAAGAUAUUCAAGCAUCUCAUUCAAUGAAUUUUCCAGUUGAUAAUACGGAUAUAUUUACAUUUCAAAUAACCUUAUCAAAAUCUAAUGAUGAUACAACAGAACCAAAACGAAUUUUAUUUGCUAUUUGUUUACAAACUAUGUCACAAACAUUUUGGGAUAAUAAUCAAGGAUGGAAUUAUGUAUUGGAUGUAUUUGAAAAGUAA